GACCCGCAAAGGACAGGGGGCUGGUAGGCGGGGGCCGGGUCGGGCCGGUGCUCCGCAGCUGUCUGUGACACCCGGAGCAGGCGGGCCGUCUCGGCCCCAGGAGAGCCGGUCAUGGUGCGCGCCGGCGCCGUGGGGACGCAUCUCCCGGCGUCCGGCUUGGACAUCUUCGGGGACCUGAGGAAGAUGAACAAACGCCAGCUGUAUUACCAGGUUUUAAACUUCGCCAUGAUCGUGUCUUCUGCGCUCAUGAUCUGGAAGGGGUUGAUCGUCCUCACUGGCAGCGAGAGCCCGAUCGUGGUGGUGCUGAGUGGCAGUAUGGAGCCAGCCUUUCACAGGGGUGACCUUCUGUUCCUGACAAACUUCCGGGAAGACCCCAUUAGAGCUGGUGAAAUCGUGGUCUUUAAAGUCGAAGGACGAGACAUUCCAAUAGUUCACAGAGUGAUCAAAGUUCAUGAAAAAGAUAAUGGGGACAUCAAAUUUCUGACUAAAGGAGACAAUAAUGAAGUUGACGACAGAGGCUUGUACAAAGAGGGCCAGAACUGGCUUGAGAAGAAGGAUGUGGUGGGAAGAGCCAGAGGGUUUUUACCAUAUGUUGGUAUGGUCACCAUAAUAAUGAAUGACUACCCAAAAUUCAAGUAUGCUCUUUUGGCUGUAAUGGGUGCAUAUGUGUUACUAAAACGUGAAUCCUAAAAUGAGAAGAAGUUCCUAGGACCAGAUUGAAAUGAAUUCUGCUGAAAAAGAGAAACCUAAUAUAUUUGAAAUGUUCCACUUUCUGUAUAAAAGGAAACAAUGUGGAGACAUUUUUGUCUUGUCCAAAUAAAUGAUUCAUCAGUAAAAAUUG